AUGCUCAACGCCCCAUCCUCCCUGGCUCUGGUUACCGCCUUCCUAGCGCUGGGUGCAAGAGCUUUGCCGAAACCUCAUCCCGCUGCAACAUACCAGGUGGUCGAUGUCGGCGGACCAACAGCUUCCACCUCGGCUGCUGCUGUCAUAUACGAGACCGUAGCAAUUACCAAGUCGUCGAAGCCGAAGACUGUCACCAAAGCGUCUCUCACGGUGACUGUCACGCCGAAGGCUUCUAUCAAUACCACCAUGCCGUAUAGUGCGACCGCUUCUUCCACAAGCAUUGCAAAGCAAGAUUCGAUUGAGACACCAGCGAUUUACAGCACAUCGGUCGAGAAUAGCCCACUGUCCACGAUCUCGCUUCCUUCCAGCACGUGGGCACCUCCUAAAUCAACAUCUCCAACGAGCGCGGCAGCGUCUAGAACAACAUCAUCGACGAGGGUGGCAGUAUAUGGUCAGAAAACAACCAGCACCUGGUCUACACAACGGGCCGUUACCACAAGCGUAGCGAGCUAUGCUCCAUCUACCGCAACUAGCUGGACGAAGCCAGCUUCUGAGGCAAAUUCGCAGCCGACGAGUACCUGGACACCCAUCCCAGCAAGCACUUGGACACCAAUUCCGGCAAGCGUCUGGUUGCCAUCYCCGACAAGCGUGUGGAAACCAAGUCCAACGCUUGCGACGAACACGGUGUUUGAGACGAUGUAUGUUGGGCCAUCCGUAUACUCUCCGCCCGUGCCUGUUAAGAGCUCCUUUCCGACAUACGCUGUUCCUUGGAAUGCGACUCGUCAUUCAUGGGAGGCCACCCCUUAUUCGAGCCAUGGACCCACCGAAGUAGGUCCUGCUGGGGCACGUCCGACUGGUGCGCUCAAAGUCCCGCAUCUAGCUAUGUAA